GCGUAAUUAAAAUUAUGACUUAGCUCGUUUUUGUACUACACAUAGAACACGUCCGGGAGUUUCUCGCCACACUUGGCACGCUAAUCGUAAUGGAAUAUAAAUGCUGCCACGACGAACUUUGAAGCAAUCACAGAAGUUACGACCAUGGAACUGUUCAACACCGCAUUGCUCGUUGCUUUGAUGACAGCUAUCAGGCCAACAGAAGGGGAAGAUGACUGUCCCAGGAUUAUCAGCAGAUCUGGCUGGGGCGCAAGACCCUCAAAGCACGUGGAAUACAUGAAAAUUCCUGUAGAGUACGCAAUCAUCCACCACACGGUAACUCCAAAAUGUAAUUCCAUGGCUGAGUGUGUGGAGAAAGUGUCCAGCAUACACUCAUUUCACGUUAACACAAAUGGCUGGGAUGAUAUUGGUUUUUCGUUCCUGGUAGGUGGGGAUGGUAACGUUUAUGAAGGCCGCGGGUGGCACCAAGUUGGGGCCCACACCUAUGGCUUCAACAAAAAGAGUGUCGGCAUUGCACUGAUAGGGGAAUUCAGUGACUCGUUGCCUCCCCGAGUGCAGUUGGACGCAUUGAAGCGUCUGUUGAAGUGCGGUGUCAAGGAGGGGGAACUGGCGGAACAUUACAAGUUGCUUGGGGGUCGCCAAAUCUCGGCCACGAAGAGCCCCGGGCUUGCUCUCUACCAGGAGAUCCAGACCUGGCCCGACUGGGUCGAAAAUCCAUGAGACAACCACGGAUAGUUCAAAUAUCAUGUAUUUUAUUAAGUUAACGCAGAACCAGAGGACGAACUACUCAAACGCUUACAAAAGUGUGAAAAAUGACGAACAAGAAUUACGAAGUUCACCUAAAUAAAAAUUAGGUCUUAAAUACCAGUUCCCACUUGAAAGAAAACUGUCUAUAGUCCAUACGGAAUGUUUUUGUUCAGUCUCUCCAGGCUAAUGCACGGAUAUUACGGUAAACCUUACAGAAUUUCCCAUCUUAUUUGACGGUUAAAACCUCUGUAGUACAGACGUCAUCACAUGUAGUAAUUAACCAAUGAAACUACUUCUCACAAAUAUAACACAUUAUGGGCCUAAUAUGAAUCUUCUCGGUCUUUCAUAUUCUUCAUGAUUUUUGUCGUACUUAAAGUGAACACACGUUACAGGCUUCGUGCCUUUGACAUCCUGUGCUAAUGCAAGGCAGCACGUGUCUGCGUGCGUGACCUAGAUCCACAUGUACAUUUCAUUCCUGCCCACCUUUCCUAUCUAUCUGCUCUCCUGCUCCUAACUGCUCUACUUUGGCAUACUAAGCAAAUCACAUCAGUCUCAUCAUGUUCUUUCACUAAUCAUAUAGUGUGUCUGACGUGUGGUUCUGUGAUACAAAUUGAUGAUCGAUACGUAAGAACAAUACGUAAUUAUGCUAGCUCUUUCUAAGUUUUCUUCUCCUACUACAGCAUUAACAGGGAUCUGACUAAUUCCGUUUUUCGUCUUUCAUCGUCUUGCUUCAGUCACUGCCUCUGUGGCUGAUAUGUUUCCCUACGAACACACGAACAUGAAAUGCUGGUUUGUUUUUACUUCCGGAAAUGGCCGUCAUUUUCUUUCUGCCAAAUUUAAGAUGCAUCUGACAAGCUAUCUUUAGUUCCUUAUUUCCUACGACUAUGAUGAUUUCAGUUUCAUUUGUUAUGCGACAGAUAAGCAUCGCUCGUAAAUUCUGAUCGGAUUUUUGUUCAAAUGUAAGUGAUGAGCGUUGAGGAAUAUAAAGGGGAUUAUUAUUACA